AUGUACGCUGUUGUGUCUACUGUUGCGCUGCUUGCGUUGGCGGGUUCCGCGCAUGCUUGGACCAAUGAAGGUCACUCCUCUAUCGGAUACAUCGCCGACAAGCUCCUGAAGCCCGAGACAGCUGCCGUGCGUGAUUACCUCCUCCCCACCGGCUGGAACUUCACCCUCUCUUCCACCUGGGCCGACGACAUCAAGUCCCUCCCCGGCCGCCCCUACGCCUGGGCCGGCAACCUCCACUUCAUCGACGCCGAGGACGAGACCCCUCUGGACGUCGACUCCCCCGAGAAGGUGCACUGCGAGGUCGACCUGGCCCGUGACGGCGCCGGCGGCAUCAACAUCGUCGAUGCGAUCGGAAACUACACCUUGCAGGUCAAGGACGCCACUAAGUACAGCUGGGAUGCCCGGUCCGAGGCGUUGAAGUUCCUGUCCCACUUUUUGGGUGAUAUCACCCAGCCCCUCCACAACUGCGGAAAGCUCGCUGGUGGAAACGGGUUCUUCGCCACCUGGGCCAACUCCACAACGUAUGUCUACAUGGGUACCUCCCGUCCCGUCCAGCUGCACAUUAUCUGGGACAGCUUCAUCCCCGUCAAGGACAUCACCGACAACUUCGGAGGCGACAUCGACGCUUACCGCGGCUGGAUCAUCAACGAGAUCCAAAACGGCUCCUGGGCCGCCGAAGCCCCCUCAUGGGCAACCUGCGACGUCGCCGGUGACUCCAACAACGACGGCCGCCCCGACGCCUGCCCCCUCAAGUGGGCCAACGACGGCAACGACGCCAACUGCGGCAUUGUCUGGGACAAGGACCUCCUUGCCGGCACCGGCACCAGGACCGCCAACGACCUCUCUGGCGAGUACUACCAGAAGACGUACAUGAUUGUCAGGAAGCAGAUCGCGAAGGGUGGAUACCGUUUGGCAAAGUACCUGGACACCAUCCUUGCGGGACAGCCGGCCAGCAACGGCACCACCACGGCGACUACGUCCGCUGUCGAGACCUCCACUUCCAUCGACAUCUCCACCUCCACCUCCGCCGCUGAUGUCACUACCUCUACCGCUGAGCCCACCACUACCGACGACGAUGACGACUGCACCGAGGAGCCCACCUCCGAGCCCACUGUCGAGCCUACCGUCGAGCCUACCGCGGAGCCCACAAACACCACCACCGACGAGGACUGCACCGAGGAGCCCACCUCCGAGCCUACUGUCGAGCCCACCGUCGAGCCCACCGUCGAGCCCACCGUCGAGCCCACCGUCGAGCCCACCGUCGAGCCCACCGCCGAACCCACCGACGUCCCCACCGCGGAACCCACCGCGGACCCCACCGACGUCCCCGUCCCGACCUCGGACCCCACCGACGUCCCCGUCCCCCCGCCGGUCCCCACCGACGGCCCGAUCGACAGCAGCGCAUCCACCCUCCGCGCCCUCCCCUUCGCGGGUCUGCUUGCUGCCAUCGCGGCGUUGAUCUAAAAUUUGUCGGCAGAAACAUUUUGAAACCCGUUUUUUUUGUUGUGUAUGUCUAGACUAGACUCUAGACGGUACAUGAGUGUUAGCCGUAGACGGAUUUAGACAGGAGGAGUCUGUACAGCAUGAUGAGUGCGUAGAACCCACCCAACUGUGGGCUUCAUAAUAUUGCACAUACUUUUGCCUUCGCGUUACAUCAUGGCAUUGACCGACUGGGUUCUCAAGCGUGCCUUU